AUGCUCCAGGCUUUCACACACCCUCGGAGUGUCACACCUAAGAGGAAGCGGACACGGAGCAAGAUGUCACAGAGCUGGAUGUUUUGUCGUUACGCGCCAGUUGCAGUUGUACUCAUCAUCAUCUUCAGCGUGAAAGGUUACAUCGAAGACCCUCUCCUGUCCUGCCUGCAGGAUCCUGACUACAAUGAACUUCUUGAAAUUAUAAACCAAGGUCUCCCUUUAACCAAAACUCCUCACCAUGUGGCUAUUGUGGGUGGGGGGAUUGCUGGACUGACUGCAGCCAAGCUCUUAGAAGAUGCUGGACACAAGGUGACCAUCAUUGAAGCAAAUCAUCGCUUAGGUGGCAGAGUGGAGACCCAUCGGAAUGAGAGGGAGGGCUGGUAUGCUGAGUUGGGAGCCAUGAGGAUCCCCAGCUUCCACAAGAUUCUGUUAUCUCUGGUGGCUAAAUUAGGAUUGCAGCUAAAUACUUUUAUUCAGGAUGAUGAAAACACGUUUUACUAUGUCAAUGGGCUACUCCAAAGAACUUCCACUGUGAAGGAAAACCCAGAUGUUCUAAGAUACCCUCUCAAUGACACUGAAAAGGGGAAGUCAGCCGGUCAACUUUUUGAUAUGGCACUAUGGAAGAUAAGAGACGACUUAAACACCAUUGGCUGCAAUUCUGUGAUGGAAAAAUAUGAUUCAUACUCAGUAAAGGAAUAUUUGGUGAAAGAGGCUAACCUGAGCCGAGGAGCCCUAAGAAUGAUAGGAGACAUCCUGAAUGAGAACAGUAUUUUCUAUACAGCACUAACAGAGAUGCUGUACAUUCAGUCGGAUAUAAAUGACAAUAUUGUGUAUUACGAAAUCACUGGUGGCUCUGAUCUCCUCACAAAAGCAAUGACUGAUAUGCUCAAUAGCACAAUCCUUUUCAAUUCAAAGGUCAAACGUGUAACCCAGUCUGACAACAAUGUAACUGUAACAUACCAAGAUUGGCGCAACCCCUCAUCUCUUACAAAUAUCACAGUUGACUAUGUUUUGCUGACUGCAUCAGCAAAAGCCACAUUGUUUGUCGAAUUUCAGCCUGCCUUAUCGGACCUCAAGAUGGAGGCCCUACGCUCUGUUCACUACACCAGCUCCACUAAAGUGGUGCUCAGUUUCAGCGAGAGGUUCUGGGAAAAGGAGGGCAUCAGAGGUGGGAAGUCCAUCACUGAUCUGCCCUCUCGCUUCAUCUACUACCCCAGCCAUGGGUUCUCCGGGAAGGGAGGGGCCAUCUUGGCGUCCUACACGUGUUCCGACGAUUCGGCACUGUUCCAGGCAGUGAGGGAUGACGACCUUAUGGAAACAGUGCUGAACGACUUGGUGAAGAUCCAUGGUGAGGGUGUACGCAGUCUGUGCACUGGAGGCGUGGUCAAAAAGUGGGGUUUGGACCCCUUCAGCCUUGGAGCCUUUGCGAUUUACACUCCUUACCAGCAGACGGACUAUGCCUCAAUUUUGUUCAACAGCGAGAAAAGGAUUCAUUUUGCAGGGGAGCAUACAGCCACUCCACAUGCCUGGAUUGAAACUGCAAUGAAAUCUGCCAUCAGAGCUGCCAGGAACAUUAACAAACCGGCAGUUUAA